GACGGUCCCAAUCUCCCCGGCUCCCCUGAAAGCAUGCUCCCGCCUUCCGUUUCAACUGCCAACACGCUGCACAGGAAGCAUUUCGAGAACUCUCCUACCUCGGACUCUCCAAAUUCCAUACUCGCGCGUCUCUGGGCAGCAACCUCCACCACCAUUGUGCAGACCACGGCCAUCAAGACGACGGCCUAAACCGUAUCAUCUCUUCUGAAUCUCUAGCUCCCUCUCUUACUGCCCAUCAUGGCAUCCGCCACCACCGAGAGCGCCUCACCGAUUGGCAUUGCCAAUCUGCCCAACCAGCGGCACAAGAUCGUGGCAAAGCGUGGUGCCGCCUUCACCAUUAUGGUCGCUGGCGAGUCCGGGCUGGGCAAGACGACUUUCAUCAACACCCUGUUCUCCACCACGAUCAAGAACUAUGCCGACCACAAGCGCCGGCACCAGAAGCAGAUCGACAAGACUGUCGAGAUCGAGAUCACCAAGGCCGAGCUGGAGGAGAAGUUCUUCAAGGUCCGCUUGACUGUCAUCGACACCCCCGGCUUCGGCGACUACGUGAACAACAGGGACUCUUGGAUGCCCAUCAUCGAGUUCCUCGACGACCAGCACGAGUCCUACAUGUUGCAGGAGCAGCAGCCCCGCCGCCAGGACAAGAUCGACCUCCGUGUCCACGCUUGCCUGUACUUUAUCCGCCCGACCGGCCACACCCUGAAGCCUCUCGACAUCGAGGUUAUGAAGCGCCUCUGCUCAAGGGUCAACCUUAUCCCUGUUAUCGCCAAGGCCGAUACUCUCAGCCCUGCCGACCUUGCUAGGUUCAAGCAACGCAUUCGAGCUGUCAUUGAGGCCCAGAGCAUCAAGAUCUACCAGCCCCCGAUCGAGGAGGAUGACGAGGCGGCCGCCCAGCACGCCCGCAGCCUUAUGGCGGCUAUGCCCUUCGCCGUGAUCGGAUCCGAGAAGGACGUCAAGACGGGCGAUGGGCGGAUCGUCAAGGGUCGCCAGUACUCGUGGGGUGUCGCCGAGGUGGAGAACGAGGACCACUGCGACUUUAAGAAGCUGCGGUCGAUCCUGAUCCGUACCCACAUGCUCGACCUUAUUCAUACGACUGAGGAGCUGCACUACGAGGCCUACCGCGCCCAGCAGAUGGAGACGCGCAAGUUCGGUGAGGCCAGGCCCCGCAAGCUUGAUAACCCCAAGUUCAAGGAGGAGGAGGAGGCCCUGCGCAAGCGCUUCACCGAGCAGGUCAAGAUCGAGGAGCAACGCUUCAGGCAAUGGGAGCAGAAGCUCAUUGCCGAGCGCGAUCGCCUCAACAAGGACCUGGAGCACACUCAUGCCACCAUCAAGCAGCUGGAAGGCGAGCUGGAGGGUAUGCAGAGCACUGCCAACCGUUCGCACGGCCGCCGCUAGAUCUAGUCGACAAUGCUUGGUCAUUCCAGCAUGCCCGUGCGUGGGUCUUUGUGGCAGGAUGCACCUGGGGACGCUACAUCCCGCAGUUCGGCCUCCUGUUCGAUCCGCCGCCCGUUCCGCCGCCGCUCGGAUACUCAGCAAUGGAGCGGCCCCAGUUGAUUAAUCAUACCCGACACCCUCCCGUGAGCUAUUUAUCCCAGCGUGCAGCCCAGCCCUUCGAAACGGGAUGUGCUAGCCUCUACAAUGCUGCGAGAUAGAUAUAUGUCGGCCCAGGUUAUCCUCUGGGUUUCCAGCUUCCCCUGUUUUAUUGUACCGGGCCUGUAAUGGAGCGUUUAGGAAAGGACGGUUCGAAAAUGAUUCCCCGUAGUGCAUGGUUGGAAGGAACCGCAUGGUGGCUGGGGCGGUUCGUGGUUCGGACGCUUUUUCUGUUUCGUUUCUUCCCAGUGUGAGACUCUGUUCCCACGCAACCCCUGUUUUUCCAUCUCCAAGUCUUAGUCGUGAUGUAAUUCAGCCUUUCUUUUAUGAUACCAGUAUAAUGGAGAAUGGCUGUUCAGUUUAAUAAUACUCCAAUACUCGCAGGAUCGAGUGCGCCGGACGAACACGAAUGAGACCAUUGACAAAAGUCAUUUUGUACCUCCCCAGCUAGCGCCACCAACUCCCCGAAAACAAUGGCAAGAAAAAAGGGUAUCAAUUACACGUCUUG